CCAAGAAACAAGAACAAACAUGUCUGGUCGUGGCAAGGGCGGCAAGGGUCUCGGCAAGGGCGGCGCCAAGCGCCACCGCAAAGUCCUUCGCGACAACAUCCAGGGUAUCACCAAGCCCGCCAUCCGCCGUCUCGCUCGCCGUGGCGGUGUCAAGCGUAUCUCGGGCCUCAUCUACGAAGAGACCCGCGGUGUCCUCAAGGUCUUCCUCGAGAACGUCAUCAAGGACUCGGUCACGUACACGGAGCACGCUCGCCGCAAGACGGUGACGGCCAUGGACGUCGUCUACGCGCUUAAGCGCCAGGGCCGCACGCUCUACGGCUUCGGCGGUUAAAUCCGCGUUGCCUUACGAGUGCAAAUUCAGACUUCGGUCUCUCUACAUCUGGUGUUUCUAAACACCACCCAUCCCUCUAAGAAAGAGCUCUAUAGAAUAGUGGCCCAAAUCUGGCUAGACCCAGACAUCUAGCAGAUAGCGAAUCUCACUCCGAAUACACAGCUGCAAAAUCUGG